AUGGACUUAGAGAGAGAAGAGGAAGAGCCAGACAUUGACAAGAGUCAGGAAAUAUCACAAACCAAAGUUAAGUUCGACCCAUGGUGCCCACUUAGAGCUCCAAAAGCCGAGCUCAAACAACUCCCAGUUGGUCUAAGGUAUGAAUAUCUUGGUCCUAAUGAAACAUAUCCUGUUAUUGUUAAUGCUGCACUAACAAAAGAAGAGACCGCUUUACUUGUUCGCGAACUGAGAAAGCAUAGAAAGGCUCUUGGUUAUUCUUUGGAUGAUUUAACAGGAAUCUCACCUGAACUAUGCACACAUCGCAUCAUCCUGGAGGAUGAGUCUAGUUCUUCAAUUGAACACCAAAGGAGGCUAAACCCAAACCUAAAGGAAGUUGUCAAGAAGGAGAUAAUGAAGCUACUGAAAGGCUGGAGUGAUUUAUCCAAUAUCAGAUAG